AAAGCGCCACUCCCACCCCACCGCAGCUGCAGUGCAGGUUCCCUGCGAGGCCGCGGACCCGGGAGGGACACUCGCGCCUGGCCGCCUGUGACCUGCAGCUGCUCGGACCCGGGACCGCCAUGCACCCCGCCGCUGUCCUGGCGCUUCUGCUCUGCGCCGGGCAAGCCUUCGCCCUCCCUGUCGGCAGCCCAGCGGAUAGAGGGGACCCAGAGGUGAUGAAGUGCGUCAUUGAAGUCAUCUCUGACACGCUCUCCAAGCCCACCCCCAUGCCCGUCAGCCAGCACUGUUUUGAGACCCUCCGUGGAGACGAGCGCAUCCUGUCAGUCCUGAGACAUCAGAACCUGCUGAAGGAGCUACAAGACCUCGCUCUCCAAGGUGCCAAGGAACGGACACAGCAGAAGCACAGCGGCCUGGAGGAGGCUCUGGGCGCACAGGGCAACCGUGCCCUGUGGAAGGAAGGCCCGGCAGAGGGGCCCAAGGAGGCUGAGAAGAGAGGCGGUGACGGAGACCACGGCAGGGGCGCAGGCGGACCCCAGGUCCCCGCAGAGCCCGCCCCCCGGUCCAGCACGGAGGAGGACAAGCAGGCCCCCAGGGAGGAGGAGGCCACCACCACCCACCCGCCGCCCAGCCUCCCCGGCCAGAAGCGCCCAGGCCUGCCAGCCAAGGGGGGCGCCAAGGCCCCUUCCCCUGACCUGGCGGACGGGGAGAAGGGUGUGAGGGCUGAAGGGGGGCAGCAGAAAGAGCACCAGGAGGAGGAGGCUGGAGAGAAGGCCGGCUCUGAGGACGAGGGCCCCCCCGCCACCGCCGACCCCCACCCGACCUCUGGCCAUAAGGAUGGUUGGCCCGGGGACCAGGCCAGGGACGGAGCCGGGAAGAUGGGCGCAGAGAAGCUCCCCAGCGGGAAGGAGUGGGAGCGUCCCCGGCAGCAGGAGCCGGGGGCAGGGGCCCCCCAAGGCCUCUUCCAGGGCGGCAGGAAGCUGGGGCAGCUGGCCAAGGAGUGGGCAGACACCAGGCGCUGGAGCAGGCUGGGGCAGCUGGCCGAGGAGCGGACGGCGGGGGCGUACGAGGAGCCCGACCGCUCCAUGAAGCUCCCCUUCCAGGCCCCGGCCUACGACCUCCGGGGCCUCGGGCCGCUGCCCCCUCGGGGCUGGGGGCCGUCCUCCCAGGAGGACCACGGGGAGGCCAGCCUGCCCCUCCAGCUGCGUGGCUACCCAGAGGAGAAGAAGGAGGAGGAGGGUAGCGCCAACCGCAGGCCCGAGGACCAGGAGCUGGAGAGCCUGUCGGCCAUCGAGGCGGAGCUGGAGAAGGUGGCCCGCCAGCUGCAGGCCCUGCGGCAGGGCUGAGGCCCCGCGGUCCCAGAGGCCCCCGGCUCCCUUGAGGGCCUGGCGGCCAGCGGGGGGCUGCCUCCUGGGGGGGUCCUCUGUCCCCUCCGUCCUCCCACCCCGAGAGCCCCUCGAAGGCUGAGCCCCCGACAGGCGGCGCCACAGGGGAACAACCGUAGUUAAGUCCCGGCCUUCUGGUGAGAGUUGAGCACCCAGCUGUAUUUACUCUAAAACCAAGGAGGAAUAAACCCGCUUGCUCUGGGCUGUC